AGGAGAUGCUAACCCUUUGUCAUUUCAUGUUCCUGUUUAAAAAAAAUAAAAAUAAACUAACACCUCUACAAAAUAUACAUGAAAUAACUAUCCACAGAUAUAAGAUUAUUUGAUAUUUAUUUUGGCCUAGUUAAUAGCACAGGUAGUUUAGUUUCGCUGAGCUGGUCGUCCACGAUGUGGGAAGUCCGUUCCAUGGUGUUUUGGCGGGCGGUUUUUGCCGAGUUCUUCGCCACAAUGUUCUUUGUGUUUUUUGGUUUGGGCGCAGCACUGCGCUGGAGUGCGGGCCCCCUGAACGUUCUACACAUCGCCUUCUGCUUUGGACUGGCAGCUGCCACUCUGGUCCAGUCGGUGGGUCACAUUAGCGGUGGCCACCUCAACCCUGCCGUCACCUUUGCUUACCUGAUUGGCUCCCAGGUGUCCCUGUUCCGCGCUUUCUUCUACAUCACUGCGCAGCUGCUGGGCGCUGUGGCCGGGGCAGCUGUGCUGUAUGGAGUGACACCCAACAACGUGCGCGGGAAUCUGGCUCUCAAUACGCUGCACGCCGGGGUCAGUCUUGGCCAGGCCACCACAGUGGAGGUGUUCUUGACCAUGCAGCUUGUUGUGUGUAUCUUUGCUGUGACAGACGAGAGGAGGAACGGCCGCAUGGGCUCUGCUGCGCUGGCCAUUGGCUUCUCCGUCACCCUGGGGCAUCUUCUGGGGAUGUACUACACUGGGGCUGGAAUGAACCCGGCCAGGUCCUUCGCUCCAGCUGUGCUUGUCAGGAAUUUCAUCAACCACUGGGUGUACUGGGUGGGCCCGCUGAUAGGGGGCGCUCUGGGGGCUCUGAUCUAUGACUUCCUGCUGUUCCCCCGGAUGAGGGGUCUUUCAGAGAGACUGGCCGUGCUCAAGGGGAGUUGUCCCCCAGAGGGUGAGGGGCAGCAGGACACCCGAGGGGACCCCAUCGAGCUGAAGACCCAGGCCCUAUAGACAUGGUCUGCACUGCCUCCCCUUCCCCCCCGAUUCACCCCCCCUGGACAGACUGAAGAGGCUAAACCUGGAGACAAGCGCACAGCCUCCCCUUCAGAAUACUGUAGAGUACUGAAAUAGCGAUUCACAAGUUCAUGUAGAUUUUCUGGCAUAUUUCCUUCGUUCUGGACCGUGUAAAUAAGGCUACCAAUGCAAAUAAAAUCAUGUCCCUUUUGCAUCCUACUAUUGAAUAUUCCUCUGAGUGUCGACGAUACGUCAAUGCAUGGACAUUGAAAAUAAUGUCAUGUCUGUACAGUACACUGAAAGGGAGAUAUUUUGUGCACAGUUGAUCAGGAAUGUUUAUUUUCAAACCACGACAAGAAUAUAGACCUUCAUAUGAAUAUAAAUAGAUAUACAGUUUGUGCUGAAAAAAAAACAACAGCAAUCAUUUUUCUCUUCUCUUUCAAGCGUUUCGACGGUUAAAACUGGCAGGCGGAUUGAUUUGCUUUUGUGUAUCCUGUAGCAGCAGUGCUGGUGUUUGGAAAGUAGAUCCGGCUGGGAAGAAAUAGGUCCGCGAUGCUCCUCUUUUUUUUUUUUUUUUUUUUUUUGAAGGACCGAAUGAGUGGUGGUGCUGUGGCUUCAGGCUUCUCUCCCGCUGAGGAGAGCUGAGUUUGUGUCUGACUCAGGUCAGGGAAUUGUCCUGCGAGAAGGGGUGGAGAGGGGGGUGACUUUACUUCAGUCUUCUGUGUCUUGAAGGCAAUAUAUCUCACGUCCCAAACUCCUUCCCCCAAAAUCUGUACUUUAAUAUUCAACUUUGAUUUGAACUGAUUUAUUUAUCGAUUCACGUCAUGUGACGUCAAUCACCAUAAUUCUGUAUUCAAGACCCAUCAGUUAGGUCACAGUUUGUGGUUGAAUUCUGGAAGGGAUUCAGACUUUAUCUCCUGGCUCAAGGCCUCAACUCUAAGCACUAGGCCCACCAAUGUUUGUAGAAAUGUAGGUAUAGGGGAUUUUGAGGCUGGAGUGAGAUGGAAGUUACCAAACUCCCCUUUCUGUAAAUAUUGCGCUACACCACCUCCAAGUCACAGAUUCUGCCUAAACAGGUAACAGGUUGGGACAAACCAAUGUACCUGUCCAGCAGGGGGACUUCAGAAACCAAUUGGAAGCACUAGAAUCUUAUUCCACCCCCAACACCCCCACCCACCCCGCACAAUGUUUCCAUUCGCUGUCUUCAGUCUUUCUCUACUUGAUUAAUACUUCUUUUGAUACUGAGAAAGACGUUUGAACAAUGGCUUAAUGCGUUUUUAUUUUAGUUUCUAUAUAUUAUACAUAAUAAUACACAGCACUGAAAAGAACUGAGUUCUAUUUAUUAUCAUUAUUCUUAUUAUCAAUAUUCUUAUUUAUUAUUGAUUUAUUCGUUUUACUGUCAAGGUUUCAAAUUAAGGUUCAAGUAAAUAGAUCCACUCUUUGGUUUGGGGUUCGAAAAAAAAACUUUGAAAAUGGAAUUGUUCACUUCCAAUUUAUAUUUCACUGCGUAAAAAACAAAGUGAUUAACUUGCGAUUGACUGCUCCACAGUGCCACCCUCAGUCUUCAGAGUGCAGUUUUGUACUGGAAUGUAUUGAUUAGCCGUGCUUAACUUGUCUUUUUUAGUGGGAGCCCUUGGUUUUAAAAUUAAGAAAUCUUUCGAAAGUCCUGUAAACUCUACUUUAAAAAAAUGCAAACUUUGCCUGCGAUACAUCUGCUCUAUAUUCUAUAUUUAAAGUGAUAGUCAAAGUAUGUAAUUUAGAUUAAUGCCAAGCUCUUUUGGUGCAGUUAACGUUUCAAUAAACAUUCAAGGCUGACCGAAUUAAGUCAGGGUGCAGUUCUUAAUGAUAUUUCGGGAGGCAUUUUCUUGAUACCCCAAGCUGCAGUUCUUUAAAUGAGCUGCUAUAAGUGGAUACUUGUUCAUUUUAAUUCCUUGACUCCGGUUUAUUUUUUAAAUUGAGUCAUUAUCUUCUGUUUUGUUGCUUUCUUUGAAUUUAAAUAAUACAGAAUGCAUGCAUACCAAUGUUACACGCAGAUAUUACUAAGUUUAUUAUACAUUCAUUAUUAUCUUAUUGACAGAUUUGUUGACCAAACUUUGGGUGCUUGAUUUAAUAAACUAUAAACCACAGGGACAUGGCGAUAAAGUGGAGUCUGUGAUCCAAGAUCGAUACAGGUAAAAUCUGUGUACAGGACUACCUAUGAUAGGAGACAGCCUGCUGCCUUUAAAAUUACACUCACUGGUUUUCUUUAUGUUUUAAAGACCAGGACCUCUAUUUUAGGUGCAAAUGUCUUCAUAUUUUGCCCAAAUUACAAUAAUUGCAUGCAAUUCCAAGCAUUAUUGAAUUGGUAUAUAAUUGUGUGAUAUCUGUGCAAACCUGUUCUUUGUACUGACUUUCUUAUUUAGCAAACUUCUUUCUUUUCACUCAGGUGAAGCCUUUUCAUCCUGCCUGCAAAACUCUGAGUUCCUUUUUGAAUAGGAACCUAGAUUUCUGCUAGUUGCAGGUGGGGGCCUAUUAACUGUGACACAGGAAGGCAGUGAACUUAUAGUACGCUAACAUGGGCUUCUAAGGUGAAAUAAUAAGGGAGUUGACAAACAUUUGGCUGGUGCUUCUUUGUCUACAUGAGUUCUGUUUGAGAGUUUUGGAUAAUGGAUAAGGGCUUCAUCUGAGUCAAUGAGAAAAGUCUGCAAAAGAUAAAUACAAAAGUAGACCUAUGAAGUGUUGCUUUGAUAUCUCUAAACAUGUGUGGCAAACAAUGCCCUCCUUGUACAGUGGGACUGAGGGAGCAGUCCUUCCCCAGGGUGUUGUGUCACAUGGUUAUUAUUAUUAUUAUUAUUAUUAUUAUUUAUUUCUUAGCAGACGCCCUUAUCCAGGGUGACUCGCAAUUGUUACAAGAUAUCACAUUAUUUUUUUUACACAUUAUUUUUUACAUACAAUUACCCAUUUAUACAGUUGGGUUUUUACUGGAGCAAUUUAGGUAAAGUACCUUGCUCAAGGGUACAGCAGCAGUGUCCCCCACUGGGGAUUGAACCCACAACCCUCAGGAGUCCAGAGCCCUAACCACUACUCCACACUGCUUCCCCAAUGGUUUAUAGACCCAGUACAUUAUUGAAGAUUGUGUAAAAGAACACAGUAAGUGUCCAUUUCCCCUCAGUACAGCCACGGUAGUCAUCUAGAACACAUUUGACAUGUACCACUUUUAUUUUUACAAGCACGACUUGAUUCCAAAUGUUGAACUGUGUUUUUAAUGACUUCUUCAGGAUUCACAAGUGAUCUUUCUUAUUAUUUUCUCAUGUCUGUCUUUCUUGUGUUCAACACUUACUGUAACACUGUUCCAUUUCCACACCCCUGCUCCUGAAUGUUUAGAAGUCUUUAAACUUGUAAACUUCUGGAAUGUUACAAAUUUUUAAAAAAAGGAAAAUAAAUCUUGGGAAUGUU